AUGGUCAAAGGUUUAAUGAUGUUCCAACAACAACAGCAACAAGUGGUGGAAGAAAACAUGUCAAAUUUAACUUCUGCAUCUGGUGAAGCUAGUGCUUCUUCUGGUAACAGAACUGAAUUUGGAACAAGUAGUAGUUACCAACAACAACAACAACAACAAUACUUGGUUCCUCCAACACAAUCUCAACCAGUGAAAAAAAAGAGAAACCUCCCUGGUAACCCAGACCCUGAUGCUGAGGUUAUAGCCAUGUCACCAAAGAGCUUACUAGCGAAAAACAGAUUCAUAUGUGAGAUCUGCAACAAAGGUUUUCAAAGAGAUCAAAAUCUUCAGCUUCACAGAAGAGGACACAACUUACCAUGGAAGUUGAAGCAAAGAACAAGCAAAGAAAUCAGGAAGAAAGUGUAUGUAUGUCCAGAAACAUCUUGUGUGCAUCAUGAUCCAUCAAGGGCUUUAGGAGAUUUGACUGGAAUCAAGAAGCACUUUUGCAGAAAACACGGUGAGAAGAAGUGGAAAUGUGAAAAGUGUUCAAAGAAAUACGCUGUUCAAUCUGAUUGGAAAGCUCAUUCUAAAACAUGUGGAACAAGAGAGUAUAGAUGUGACUGUGGAACUCUCUUCUCAAGGAGGGACAGUUUCAUAACACAUAGAGCAUUCUGUGAUGCAUUAGCAGAAGAAAGUGCAAGAGUUAUCACAAAUAAUACAAUUCCAAUUAUACCCUCAUCACAAUCACCAUCAUCUUCUCAUCAUCAUCACCACAUGAUAAAUCUACAAACUCAAUUCAAUAAUCAUAAUCAGAAUCAACAUCAACAACAAGAGCUUCAUAAUAAUUUUCCAUUAUUGAAAAAAGAACCACAACAACAUCAACAACAGCAUCAAAGUUUUAAUCUUUCAGAAAUUCCACCUUGGCUUGGCCCACAAAAUGUUGGUGAAAUCUCAUCAUCAAUAUUCUCUCAAACACAACAACAACAACGUCAAGAAAACCCUAACCCUAAUCUUGUUCAUGUUCAUGGGCCCACAUUGCCUCCUUACCAAACAGUGCCUUCCCCACACAUGUCAGCUACUGCAUUAUUGCAGAAAGCAGCUCAGAUGGGUGCAACUAUGAAUAGAACAGCUUCUGCUUCUUCACAAGCUAUGAAUGUUAGGUCCCACCAAGUUGAUUCUCUCAACAAUGUUUCUUCUGGUAAUUUUGGUUUGAAUUUGUUAUCAUCAUCAUCACGAGAACAUGAACAUCAACAACAACAAAACACAACAGCAGGAACGACGACAACAACAUCGUCAUAUCUUAGUAAUAUUCAUGAUGUUAUGUUUUCUUCUUCAUCUCCUUCUGGAUUUGAAUCAACUCAGUUUGAUGAAAUGUUUGGCGGCAUUAUGAAUCCAAAGAAAGACCAUCAUGAAACACACUCAAAAACACCGACCAGGGACGACGGUGGCGGUGGAGGAGGUGGUGGAAAUGAAGGAUUGACUAGAGAUUUCUUGGGUCUUAGGCCACUUUCUCAUAGUGAUAUUCUAAGCAUUGCAGAAAUUGGAAACUGCAUGAAUGAUGAACAAAAUCAAUCUCAAAAGCCAUUAUGGCAAGGUUAG